AUGUCCAUUGUAAAAUGUGUUCAGGCGAUACUUUAUGUGCACUUCGGUCGUCACAGUGCAGAACAGUCACCAUCGCCAGACGUGGAGCAACGGAGAGGGUGCCUGGAGGAGGACCUGGCGGCGCUGCUGGCGUCUGGGGAGGCGGCGGACGUGACGCUGAGGGUGGGCAGGCGAGGCUGCCGGCUGGCGGUGCACCGGGUGCUGCUGGUGGCUCGCUGCCCCGCGCUCGCCGCCGUGCUGCGCGUCAAGGGCGUGCGGCCCGCCGUCUUCGCGGAAGUCAUGCGCUUCGUCUACACGGGGAAGGCGGCGCUGGAGGCGGACUCGCCCGGCGCCACCAACGGCAGCGUCACCGUGCCCGGCGGCGCCGGCUCGCCCUACCAGCAGCCGUCGCAGAUGUCUCCCGGCAGCUCGAGCAUCAAGUCGGAGCCCGUGUCUCCCGGCAGCGCGGGCCUGCACACGCCCACGCCGGUGGUGAAGCGUGAGUACGCCGCCGCCCCCGCGCAGGGCGACCUGCGCCAGAUGAUCUCCAUGUACCUGCCCACCGACCCGUCUGCCGGCGUGCCCGACCACCACCAGCAGCAGCAACAGCAGCACACCAAGCCAGAAGAGGAUCUGAAUUGGAGGCUUCUGCAGGCAGCUAAGGAUGGAGCAGUGGAGGAACUGCGGGUGCUGACCGCUGUUGGGGCAGAUGUUGAGACAAGGGACGAGUAUAGGAAAACAGCCCUCCACUGGGCAGCAGAGAGGGGGUAUGCGAGGGCAGUCGAUUGUCUACUGAGCAAUGGGGCAGAAGUGAACACCAGGGACAGGUGGCAGCUUACACCGCUGCACAGGGCAGCAGAGAGGGGGCACCAGGAUGUGGUAACUGUGCUGCUGGAAGCAGGAGCAGACAAGUCGGCCAUGGACAACAGAGGGAGAACACCUCUGUACAUCGCCAAAGUGAUCAAUAGGUGGCAAAUUAUGAACAUUCUGAGGUGA